AUGGGCUCUGUACCAGCAGAGGUUGGGGUCGUCCCCCACUUCUGGGACAUGAGCCUCACUGGCCCAGCCAGGAUGGCCUUCUUUCUCCAAAGUGUCUGGCUGCAGCUGCCCAGAGUGGGGGGAAACUUGAAGAGACACCCUCCCCCAAGUGGUGUCCCCCUGGCAGUCUUGAGUGCGAGAACUGAAGAGGUCUUCCUUGCUGGCGGCAGCGGUGGGGGUGUGAGGCUCUCAGUGGGGGGGAGGUCCUCCAAUCCUGCUGGCCAUUGCCAGGGUACAAAGCUGCUUUGGAAAAAUCAGGUUUUCUUAGAAACAUGUGGAUGA